CACAACAAUGAGUUUCUCGUUGGUCUCGUUCCACAAACCCUACCCUGCAACACCAACCUUACCCAUCACUACCAUCUUCACAAUCUCAUCAUCCUCAUCAUCUUUCAGACCAAAAAGAAGACUACCUUCUUCAACUAACCGUAUCUUCCCUAUCAAUCAACCAAAACCAAUAAUCAAAACGCUCCAAACCGAAACCCUAGCCGCCAGAGACACAAUCAUAGACUUCGGCAAGCACAAGGGCAAAAUGCUCGGCUCCUUACCUUCCUCUUACCUCAAAUGGGUCUCCAAGAAUCUACGCGCAGGAGACACUGAGUACUGGGCAAAGCUUGCAGACCAAGUUCUUGACGACGAUGUUUAUAAAGACAGAAUUGAGUGGGAGUUUGCAGAGAAAAUCCUCCACGGAAGUGAUGGGAGUAUAAAGAAGAACAGAGAAGAAGAAGAGGUAAGCUCUGUUUCUAUGUUGUUGGAGAUUAGUGAGAGAUUUGGUUGGGACAAUGAAGAUAAGAUUGGUUGGAGCAAAGUCAACUACGAGCUUCUCGGGACAAGCAAAGGUGGUCGGAUUCCUAGGUUAACAGAGGCUAGUAGAGAUAUGGUAAGAAGAAGAGAAGUCAAGAAGAAGGUAGAGGAAGAUGGUAGUGGGUGGAGGAGAAGAGAGAGGCGUGAGAGGAUGCGGCAGAGUCUAGGGAGAGAGAAGGAGAAUGGUGAUGGCAAAACUGUGAAUAGGAGUGAUCAGAAGGGUGUUUUGGGAAGGUUAGAAGACGUAGAGAAGCUAAUUGAGCCAAAGAUUCAUAGUCCUUUCCCAGGACGUGAGAGUUUGCUGAAGAAAGUUAUGAACAAGAGAAGGUCUCAAUGACAUGAGAUAGAAGAGUCUGUUGUUCCUUUUGAUUGAGUUUGAUUUUUACAUAUUCACUAGAAGCAUUAGAAAGGCAGUUCCUUUGUGUGUCUGAAAGAUCAAAACUUUAUUUAUUC